CACCUCUCUCUCUCUCUCUGCAUCCUUCACACGGCUCACUCUCUUCUCUCCUUCUCUCUUUCCCUCUUCUCUCUGUUGCCAUUUUUCCUUUCAAUCACAGACCUUUCCCUGAAGAAUCUAUCUUCUCUUUCAAACAGUUCCAACAUCCUCUAGCAAUGGCUGCCACUGAUACUCCUCCGCGCUUCUUUAAGGUUUUCAUCUCCGAUUUCAGCUCCGAUUCCAUGCUAAUCCCCAUUUCCUACUACGACGAGCUCCCACGCCGUUUGCCCAAAACGGCACUUCUUCAAGGAACCGGUGGUUGCUCAUGGAACGUGGCGAUGAUAAAGAAGCAAGAUGAGGUUUAUUUUGGACAAGGCUGGGUCUAGUUCGUGGAAGACAAUUCUCUUAUCGACGGAGACUUUAUGACCUUCGUCUAUGAUGGAGACCGUAUUUUCGAGGUCAGCAUAUAUGGCCUUAGUGGAUGUAAAGAGGUUAGAGCAGUGACUGAAGUGGAGGAUGUCGAAGAAGACAGUAUUGUGUCUCUAAGCAGCGAUGAUGACACAGAUACAACAGUCGUGAGAGACACAAACAAAGGAAAGAAGAAAGAGAAAGCUGUGGAGUCUUCUGCUGAAGACAGUGACAGCGAUUACGUUGAAUCUUUUGAUCGCUUGGAUUUAGAAGAAAGUUCCGACAGUGAGAGUUGGUAUGCUUCGGAUAGCAAAGACACAGCCACUGGAGUCAAACCAAAGGCUCAGAAUCUGAAGAAGGGAGGAGGCUCAACAAGGAUGAAGAAAGUAAGGCCCAAGAUCAAAAAUCCGGAGUCAUAUUUGGAUAAUCCAAAGAAUGUAUAUUUUGAGACAGCCAUGAAGAAAAGGAAAUCUGAGUUGAUAGUUUGUAGACAAGUGGUGAAGGAUUAUUCCUUGGAGUUUCAAAAAAAAGUUGAGUACAUCGACAAUCACAAAGAGGGGAAUCUUGUAGCGGGUGCAUUAACGUGGGGUGAUAAGCGUGUGUGUAUCAAAAGAUGGUUCCGCAUCUGCAAGAGGAACAAAGUGAAGGAAAGGGAUCGAGUCUUGUGUGAGCUGUUUCGAAAAGGAUGUUUGGUUUACGCUGUGAGACUUCACAUCGUACGUGAAAAGGAUCUAUAAACGUUUUUAAGAACUAUGUGAGAGAGAACCUGGCUUGGUCGAUUUCAAACAACUUUAUAUUUUGACUUUAUAUUGUCUGUUAGACUAUGAGUGCGGUUAUGAUUUAUCUUAAAACGUUUGUGUAUGUUUGUAGUUUCUUCCUACCAGCAGAUACUUUUAUAUAUCCAUUUCC